CUUGACUCGAGACCACCAUGGCGUCCUUGACCGUAUCGUCCGCGACCAGUCCGUUCCCGUACGCCGCGGUCGCGACAGCAGCCUACACUGGCAAGGCAGAGGUCCUCUUCGACUCGUCGGCCACCACGCCCGUCCUCGAUCUCAAUGGUGCCAAGUACACCGAUGAAGUAGAGAUCGUGCAUGCUUUGGCCAAAGAGAGUGGAAUCGCCGCAGACAGUAGCAAGGCCACCUCGUUCGUGGAGAUCGCCAAAGCGUUCGCCACCACCACAAGUGUACCCGAUAUCCUCGCAGCAUUGAACACCGUCGACGAUCACCUUGCCUUCCGUACGUUCCUCGUAGGUCAUGAUAUAACGGCUGUAGAUUGGAUUCUGUGGGGAUCCAUCAAGGGCUCCGUCAAAAUCAUCGGCUUACUGAAGAACAACAAGCAUGUGCAUCUCAGCCGAUGGUUCAACUACUUGGAAAGCCUCGAGUCGACGCAGCUCACGCUAGCCAAGCUUGCGGAGGCCAAAGCCAACAAGCUCCGAUCCAAUAAAACCGCUGCCUCGUUCGCUCUGGGACUGGCCAAUGCGAAGGACGGCGAAGUUGUCACCCGAUUCCCUCCUGAGCCCAGCGGGUAUCUCCACAUCGGCCACGCGAAGGCAGCCAUCCUCAAUCAAUACUUCGCCAAAAUGUAUCACGGCAAGUUGCUCAUCCGGUUCGACGAUACGAACCCGACGAAAGAGCGCACUGAAUUUGAGGAGACUAUCCUCGAGGAUCUCGCUCUGAUGGACAUCAAGGGCGAUACAGUCACCCACACCUCCGACUGGUUCGAUAAACUUUACGACUACGCCAUCCAGAUGAUCAAGACCGGCAAAGCUUACGCCGACGAUACGGAACAAGCGCAAAUGCGGCAGGAGCGCAUGGACGGCAUUGCUUCCAAGCGCCGUGAGUCAACUGUCGAGGAGAGCUUGGCACGCUUCGAGGAGAUGAAAGCCGGCACUCCGGAAGGCUUACGCUGGUGCAUCCGCGCGAAGAUGAGCGUCGACAACCCGAACAAGGCUCUCCGCGAUCCCGUAAUCUACCGCUGCAACGUGCUGCCCCACCAUCGCACCGGCGACAGAUGGAAGAUUUACCCCACCUACGACUUCGCGUGCCCCGUGGUCGACUCGCUCGAGGGCGUCACCCACGCAUUGCGUACGAACGAGUACCGCGACCGCAACCCGCAAUAUCAGUGGAUGAUAGAGGCCCUCAACCUGCGCCCUGUGCAUAUCUGGGACUUCAGCCGUCUCAACUUCAUCUACACCCUGCUUUCCAAGCGCAAGCUGCAUUGGUUCGUGGAUCAAGGCCUCGUGCGCGGCUGGGAUGAUCCAAGGUUCCCGACAGUCCGUGGUAUCCGUCGCCGGGGCCUGACUGUCGAGGCUCUCCGUCAGUUCAUGUUACUUCAGGGCCCCUCACAAGCGGUCGUCUCGCUCGAGUGGGAUUCGAUCUGGGCUCUCAACAAGAAGAUUAUCGACCCGGUUGCCCCUCGGUUCUGGGCACUUUCUAAGGACAAGGUGGUCCCGGUGACGAUCACUGGUGGCCCCUCGUCCCCGGAAGUGAAGGUUCUUCCGAAACAUAAGAAAAACCCGGAUGUCGGCGAGAAGAAGACGGUCUACUCCUCUACGAUCCUUGUUGAACAGGAGGAUGCACUCACCUUCGAAGACAACGAAGAGAUCACCCUCAUGGACUGGGGGAAUGCCAUCGUUCGCUCCAAGUCUACCGGCCCGUCCGGCGAAAUAGCCGCUAUAAUCAUGGAGCUCCAUCUUGGCGGCGAUUUCCGCAAGACCAAGAAGAAGGUGACAUGGCUUCCUCAGCCUCAAGGCGAACACACCCUAGUAGAUGUCACCCUCCUCGAUUACGACUACAUCAUCACCAAGAAGAAGCUCGAGGAAACCGACGACGUCAAGGACUUCGUGACCCCAGUCACCGAGUUCCGGGAGGAGGCUGUUGCAGAUGCCAACGUACGCGAGCUCCAGAAGGGCGACAUCAUCCAGUUCGAGCGCAAGGGUUACUAUAUAGUCGACAGCGCAGAAGGCGGCAAAUUCGAAUUCAUCCACAUUCCAGACGGACGGGCUGCCAGUUUGGCCAGUAAGGCGGGUGCAGCGACUCCCGCCGAACCGGUCAAGAAUUCAAAGUCUGCGGACUCGACACCCGCCAAGGUAUUGGAUACUCCGGUCGACACCAAAAUGUACCAGGUUGAGAAGGUUUACGGGGAUGACAGUGCUAUACCACCAGCAGAUACCAAGAUGUACAAGGUCAAGAACGUAUACGAUAGUUGAAUGUUUCGGUAGAUAUAAGCAAUUGAAAAUUUAAGGGGGC